UCACUCCAAGCACCAAACCGCUCCACCAACCCCCCAUGGCCGCUCCACCCACGCCGUCCCCGCUCGUCGCCCCUCGCCUCCGCUCCCUCGUCCCGUCCGCCGCCGCCGCCGCCGCUAUGUCCAGCAACCCAUCCUCCUCCGGCCCGGCCCCCUGGAGCGGCCGCGGGGAGCAGCCCCUCGUCCUGCCGCACGCGAGCCUCGAGGUCGCCGGGGCGCGCUGCGGCCUCCUCGCCGGGUUCGACAGCCUCCGGCGGCCGUACCGAGCCUUCCCCGCACUCGCGUCGAACCGGCACGUGGAGACCAUCUUCGCCGCCUUCGCGAGGUCGCUCCCGGCCGUCGCGCUCCGGCGCGAGUGCCUCCGCACCCCCGACGACGGCGCCGUCGCCCUCGACUGGGUCUCCGGCGACGACCGCGCGCUUCCGCGGGACGCACCGGUGCUCAUACUCCUGCCUGGUCUAACAGGGGGGAGUGACGAUACAUAUGUAAGGCACAUGCUUUUGAGAGCUAGAAGCAAAGGAUGGCGUGUGGUGGUGUUUAAUAGCCGUGGAUGUGCAGGCAGUCCAGUGACUACAGCCAAGUUUUAUUCGGCGUCAUUUACUGGAGAUCUCCGGCAAGUAGUUGAUCAUGUUUUAGAACGUUACCCUCAAUCUAACAUUUAUGCUGUUGGCUGGUCUCUUGGAGCAAAUAUUCUUGUGCGCUACCUUGGAGAGGAAACUGAUAAAUGUGUUCUUUCUGGAGCUGUGUCCUUGUGCAAUCCAUUUAAUUUGGUAAUUGCAGAUGAAGAUUUCCACAAGGGAUUCAACAACGUCUAUGAUAGAGCCCUUGCUAAGGCUCUGAGGAAUAUAUUUAAGAAGCAUGCACUCCUUUUUGAAGGAUUGGAAGGUGAAUAUAAUAUAUCAAAGGCAGCAAAUGCAAGAUCGGUUAGAGACUUUGAUGAAGGGCUAACCCGAGUUUCAUUUGGUUUCAAGUCCGUGGAUGAUUAUUACUCCAAUUCAAGCAGCUCAGAUUCCAUAAAAAAUGUUUCCAUACCCUUAUUAUGCAUACAGGCGGAUAAUGACCCAAUUGCACCAUCUAGGGGAAUUCCCAGAGAAGAUAUCAAGGUUGUAAUCACAUGGUCUACUAUGCCGAAUUGGAGAGUAAUCUUUCUUUUUCCACAUUGCCAAGAGCCCAAGAUAGUCAAGAAUCCUACUAAGAUAAAGGCAAACCCGAACUGCCUACUGAUAGUAACACCACAGGGUGGUCACCUUGGAUGGGUGGCAGGUGAAGAUGCUCCAUUUGGAUGCCCUUGGACUGACCCAAUUAUAAUGGAGUUUUUGGAAUAUGUUCAUAACGAAAAGAACUCGAGUACCAAGGAUAGAAUUUCCUAUGAGCAGCAGAGUGUUACACAAACUUCAUCCCCAGAUGUCUCUGUUCAUGUGCAGCGAUAGUAACAUUUCCCUUGCUAGAUUUUUCCAUUCACUAGGCAUUUUUUAUGCACACUGUUAUUAGAUUAUUACCCUUCAGCUGUCCUUCAGCCGAAUUGUCCUAUAGUGCUCCAUGAUGACAGGUUCUACGUUGCUGAACCGCAACGAGAUUGUCACGCGGCCUGCAGUUCGGAAUUGUUUACAGCUUUACUAGCUUUUGUCUGUUCAAUUAGUGUUAAGAUUGUUGACCAUUACCGAGACGUUCUUGUCCGCAAAACUGUAUAAACACUAUAUUGAUCGUGUUGUUACAUAUACCAGUGCGUCCGCUGAUUUUUCAUUAUUAUUUCGCCGUGAUUUAAAACUCACAACAUUGGUCUUAUUUGGUCAAA